GAAGAAGAAAACCCAUAGAAGAAGAAGAAGAAGAAGAAUACUGGCUUUCUGGCAGUUAGUCUCUACCAACACCCGUCUUAACAUUAUGGCCGAGUUUUUAGUGUUUAGACGGUAACAUUAGCCUCUAAUCGUUCGGAUAUUUUUGAUGGACCUCACCUUCCUCUGAUGUGACUUUGUGAAAUCACUUCGUCUUUCAGGCUUCUUGGUUGGCUACGUUAGUCAACGUAAUGUUAGCUAAUGCUAACUCUGUUAGCAUGUGUUAUCGUAAGCCGAUGAAGUAAAGUAUCGUCAGUAGUUUGAUAUAGUUUUUCUUUCAGGGGACUUUGUUGGAAAAGGUGUUUUCCUUAAAGCUUUCGAGGUGCCGUUCGGUUACACUUAAUUCCGAGCCGGCUUACCUGGUUUUUAAGCUAAACGCUAACAGUAGCUUUAGCACUGGGUACUCCUGGUUGAGUCUCGCUUGAUUAAUUUCUAACGGCCAGCUGUUAUCACCUGCUGCCAAAAUGAUGGACUUUGAUAAUAUAUUGGACAUUGCCACACAAAAUCAGGGCGGCGGCAGCGGUGCACAGAAGAGAUACAGUUUGCAAGCUGGACCCCCCAAAAAGGACCCCAGGUCAAAAGGUGUAAGUGCUUCUGCUGUGCAGGCGCUUCUGAAAAAGCAAAAAUGUGAUGCCAAAAAGAAAGAAAUUGAAAUGAAGAAACAGAAGGAAGAACUAGAAGCGAAGAGGGUUGAGUUGAAGUCGGACCGUAAAGCCCGAGCCAUGGCUUCAAGGACAAAAGACAAUUUCAGAGGCUACAAUGGCGUCCCUGUGGUGGAGCUUCCAAAGAAGAGGAGAACAAAACAAGAAAUGGAGGAAGAAAGAUCAAUGAAUCAUGAAAGAUUUAGGAAUAUCUCAAUUGACCCAGAGGAUGAUGAGGAUAAUUAUGAGUAUGAAAAGACUGAUUCUGAGGAAGAGGAGGAGCCAGAACCACGGAGACCUGUAAAAAACGCAGGUUUUAGUGGGAAUAGUAGUGGCAGCAGCAGCAAGCCCUCCUUUAAAAAAUCCAGUGGACCUCCUAAGCCCCCUCCACCUCCCAUGAACUUUGCAGAAUUACUCAAAUUGGCAGAGAAGAAGCAGUUUGAGCCAGUUGAGGUAAAAACCAAGGCAGUAAAAAAAGAAGGAAGACUCAGAACAGCUGACGAGAUAAGGGAACUGGAGAUGGAGCGCAAGGCCAAGAGAUAUGACCCAAAGGGAGAGCGAGAGAGGGAAACCAAGUCUCAGUCUAGCUCUAGUUCAAUCAGAAAAAACACUUUGGAAAAGGAGCAGAAGAACUGCAAACCACAGAAGAACUCUGCAGAAAAGGCAAGUCUUCCCAGUGGGUCAGGGAAGAAGGUUCUUCCAUCACUGAGUGGUGACAGAGGCCACUCUUCUUCGAAGCCCUCUGCUAGUGACAGAGAAAGAGAUAGAACCAAGGUGUCUCAAAGCGAUCGCGAUAGAUCCAGGACAAGCUUCUCUAGUUCAUCUGGUGCCAUAAAUAGUAAAUUUCCUUCGAAAGCUGCAUCUUCUCAGGUUUCAGCCAAACAAGAGGUGCUCAAGCCCUCAUCUAGCCACAAAUCCAGCACCUCAAGUGACCUUAUGCACAAAAAAGAAAGCUCAUCAAGAGCCUCAGGUUUUCCUGGGACCAGGGCUCCUGGUACAGCUCCAACAGGCCAAAGAUCUCAACAUGGGAGCUCCAACCAGACCAGGCCCAGUCAGGGUAGCUCAACGAAGCAGGGACCUAUAGUUGGAGGCCACAAGUCUGGCAAGGGAGAACCACUAAGACCUGGACUUAAUUCUGCUGUAAAAUCAAGUGGUAACUCAGCGAUGAGGCUUUCAUCAGGCGGCCCUCCUAAGGCAGGGAGCCAACCUCAGUCAAGGCCGGGAGGAACAGUCCAGGCUAGAUCUGGUGGGGUACCACAGGCCAGGCCUGGUGGGAGUGGCCUCCAGGGUGUCCCUAAAGGUGGUGGAUCCCGGCCUCCAGGGACCGGACCUGGUCGCCCUGGUAGUGGAGCACCAGGACCUGGUCGCCCUGGUAAUGGAGCACCAGGACUUGGUCGCCCUGGUAGUGGAGCACCAGGACCUGGUCGCCCUGGUAGUGGAGCACCAGGACCUGGUCGCCCUGGUAGUGGAGCACCAGGACCUGGUCGCCCUGGUAGUGGAGGACCAGGAACUGGACGACCGACUGGCAGUAUUGGAUCAGGACCUGGAAGACCCAAGUGCACCGUGGUGUCAGAAACAAUUUCAUCCAAGAAUUUUGGUGGACCCAGACCAGGGGUACCUCCUCGGCCAGGCAUGCCACCUAGACCCGGGAUGCCACCUAGACCCGGGAUGCCACAGAGACCUGGAAUGCCACCUAGACCAGGAAUGCCACAGAGACCUAUGAUGAACAGACCACCAGGUACCAUGUUACCACCUAUCACAUCUGCAUACAAGAGAAAAUACGAGGAAGAGGAAGAUGAGUAUGACUCCGAAAUGGAUGAUUUUAUUGAUGAUGAAGGUGACGAUGCAGACAACAUUUCCAGGCACAUAAAGGAAAUCUUCGGCUAUGAUCGUCACAAAUACAAGGAUGAAAGUGACUAUGCACUUAAAUUUAUGGAGAGCAGUUGGAAAGAUCUGCAGAAAGAGGAGGCCAGGAGCCUGCGAAUGGCUGUGCAGGAAGAUCUGGAAGAGGAGAGAAAAGAGGAAGAGGAGAUGAAGAGGCAAGCUUCCAAGAGGAAAAAGAAGAAUUGAGGCCCCUUUGUCGUUGGAAUGAAUUAAUAAAAACUGUCUCCU